CGAGAUGAAGGCCUGGACACCAGAGCUCAUUGCACCGGUGCUUAUCCAACGACCAACUCCCCCGAUGAUUUUAUAAUACUCUUUCUUCAGCCAAGUUUCACCGCCGCCAGAACUGGCCUAGUCCAAACCUUCAAACUGUCGACACCGGGCUGAUACUUCGGCUCUGCACGAUGAAGCUGGCCACAGGCUUUCUACAGGCCGUACGUCCAACCCUGAGAAAUCCUCUCAUACGGGCCCUGCAGCCUAUUCGCUGGGUGAGGUACCAAGCGUUCGAGUCCGAUUUCGACCCUGAAGAGCUCGACAGGGCGAGGUCGUGGCACAAGACUUUUGAUGGCAGCCAGCUUCCCAGGGGUCAGACAACCUACGCGCGCUCAAGCGGUCCGGGUGGACAGCACGUCAACAAGACCGAAAGCAAAGCCGUCACUGUGUGGCCUGUGAAAGAUCUUCUGCCGGUCCUGCCGAAACUGCUGCAUCAGGGCAUUAGAGGAUCCAAGUAUUACACGGCCAGGUCGGAUUCUCUGACGUUGCAGGCCCAGACGCACCGGCAUAGAGAGGCCAAUGUGGAAGAGAAUCACCAGAAGCUCAUCGACGAAGUCAAGAGGAUAUACCAGGAGACCGUCCCCGGCGAGACGAGCCCGGAAAAGAAGAAGAAGCAUGCGGAACUAGCAAAGUCGUUUAACGAGGGGCGACUCAAGCAGAAGAAGCAUCUGAGUUCCAAGAAGCAGAGCCGGAGGCCAUCGUUCGACUGAGCGGUCGAGAGGAGAUGGCAUGGUGACGUGCGUUGCACGAGCGAUCGAUAUCCAUCAAAAGGCGCGAGUAAUGGGCCCUCCAGCCCAAAG